ACUUCAGUUGCUCCUCGGGCCGCAGGCGCCCCUCGCAUCCCUGACUCAGUAUGUGGCGUGUUCCCGGUCUGUUCUGUGUCCACGUUGCAAGGAAGAGCAAGUUCUCCGGACCUUGGAGCAGGCCUGCCGCCUUCAUGUCCACUCUGCUCAUCAAUCAGCCCCAAUAUGCUUGGCUGAAGGAGCUGGGGCUCCGCGAGGAAAACGACGGCGUGUAUAAUGGAAGCUGGGGAGGCCGGGGAGAGGUUAUCACCACCUAUUGUCCUGCUAACAAUGAGCCCAUUGCAAGAGUCAGACAGGCCAGCAUGGCUGACUAUGAAGAAACUGUAAAGAAAGCAAGAGAAGCAUGGAGCAUCUGGGCAGAUAUUCCUGCUCCAAAGCGAGGAGAAGUAGUGAGACAGAUUGGUGAUGCCUUGCGGGAGAAGAUCCAAGUACUAGGAAGCUUGGUGUCUUUGGAGAUGGGGAAGAUCUUGGUGGAAGGUGUGGGAGAAGUUCAGGAAUACGUGGAUGUUUGUGAUUAUGCUGUUGGCUUAUCUCGGAUGAUUGGGGGACCCAUCCUGCCUUCUGAAAGACCUGGCCAUGCUCUCAUUGAACAGUGGAAUCCUGUAGGCCUGGUCGGAGUCAUCACUGCGUUCAACUUUCCUGUGGCCGUGUACGGCUGGAACAACGCCAUUGCCAUGAUCUGUGGGAAUGCUUGCCUUUGGAAAGGAGCACCUACAACUUCCCUCAUCAGUGUGGCUGUCACAAAGAUAAUAGCCAAAGUUCUGGAGGACAACAAGCUGCCUGGUGCAGUUUGUUCCUUGACUUGCGGUGGAGCAGAUAUCGGCACAGCUAUGGCCAAGGAUGAGCGCGUGGAUCUGUUGUCCUUCACCGGGAGCACGCAGGUGGGAAAACAGGUGGCCCUAAUGGUGCAGGAGAGGUUUGGGAGAAGUUUAUUAGAACUUGGAGGAAACAAUGCCAUUAUAGCCUUUGAGGACGCGGACCUCAGCUUAGUCGUCCCCUCGGCUCUCUUCGCAGCCGUGGGGACAGCCGGCCAGAGGUGUACCACCGCGAGGCGCCUGUUCUUACAUGAAAGCAUCCAUGAUGAAGUUGUCAAUAGACUUAAAAAGGCCUACGCACAGAUCCAUGUUGGGAACCCUUGGGACUCUAACGUCCUCUAUGGGCCACUCCACACCAAACAGGCAGUAAGCAUGUUUCUUGGAGCAGUGGAAGAAGCAAAGAAAGAAGGUGGCACCGUUGUCUAUGGUGGCAAGGUUAUGGAUCGCCCUGGAAAUUACGUAGAACCAACAAUUGUGACAGGUCUUGACCAUGACGCAUCCAUCGUACACACAGAGACUUUUGCCCCGAUUCUUUAUGUCUUUAAAUUCAAGAAUGAAGAUGAGGUCUUUGCGUGGAAUAACGAAGUCAAACAGGGACUUUCAAGUAGCAUCUUUACCAAGGAUAUGGGCAGAAUCUUUCGCUGGCUUGGACCAAAAGGAUCAGAUUGUGGCAUUGUAAACGUCAACAUUCCGACGAGUGGGGCUGAGAUUGGAGGUGCAUUUGGAGGGGAGAAACACACUGGCGGGGGCAGGGAGUCGGGCAGUGACGCCUGGAAGCAGUACAUGAGAAGAUCUACUUGGUAAGAGAAGGCUUUGGGGAAGCGGUUUGGCCUUAUAAGCCUCUGGAACAUGCCUCUACACAUUUCUGCUUUCUGCUGUGUGUUUGUGUAAUUUCUCUUCAUUUUGUGUUUCUAACGUUCCACAGCUCUCUCCUCCCAGAUCAUCCACUUGGUACUAUUAUUUUCCUAACUGUCUUGGGCAAGUGCCCAGCGCCUGACUGUGGAACCAGUGGUUUCUGUCUAGGGACAGCACCGUAGCAAGAUACUUGGUGUCAGCCAGCAGGAUAAAGUGGAAGAGGCUGUCCUUUGAGUUUUUUCGUUGGGUGCAGUCAACCCACCCCUGCAGUCUAUCAGGGUAGAAGGAAUGGAGCUGGGCAGGCUGCCUGCAGGCCUGGCUAGUGAGUGGGGGGUGGAUUCUGCUCUCUGGGAAUAGCGAACAUGAGCCUUGAAAGUAGAAGCAGGUUCACCCAGGACAAGGGUAGCUGGUGAGGGAACGUGUUGCUGGGAGAUUUCGAUUAAGAGUUUUUACUUGUUUUCUAUUUUCCCUCCCCUUUAAAUAGAAAUCGCUUUAUCCAAGUGCAGUAAGAUGGUAUGUAAGGCCCGUGUGGUGUUAGGUGUCAGAGGAGCACGGGUGAGGACCCAGGACACUGUCUUGGUCUCAUUUGCUGUUUCUUAACUGGCUCUAGAACCUGCCCAGGUGAGGAACCAGGACACUGUCUUGGUCUCAUUUGCUGUUUCUUAACUGGCUCUAGGACCUCAGGAGGAGCAGGUUGGGGGUUCUCCAGCAACUUCAUGUAGGUCAGGAAAUUUUUUUUUCCGCUCCAGCCUUUCUGAGGUAUAUUAUUGACAAAAUCGCAAUAUAUUUUAAAAAGUAUAACAUGAUGAUUCACAUAUGCCUACAUUGUGAAAAGAUUCCCACAGUCAAGUUAGCACAGCCUUAACCUCAUCACGGCAUUGUGUGUGUGCGCACGUGCAUGCGUGCUUAAGAUCUAUUCUUAGCAAAUUUUUGAAGGUAUGCCAGGAGUUUCUGAGGCGCUUUGGCUAUGGCUUGUUUAGACAUACGAUGGCUUGUUUAGACACACGCACCCUCUUUGCCUGAUUCCCUUUUGUUGAAGACAGUUGUUCCUUAUAUUUGUCUUGUGUACAUGGGAUCUAGGGGACCAAGCAUGUAUUAAUAGCUGCGGCCUUUUUGGAACCCAUUUAAUGGGGACACUGUGUUAGGAGUAAAGCCAGAUGGCUAAAAGGGAACCUUUUAUUUUCUAAAUUAUUGUAGUUCCUUAUUCUAUUUCUAUCAAAUGUGAAUCCCUGUGUUUUUCCUACUAAUUCACUGCAUGUUAUUGAGAGACAUAAAGAUGAUGAAGUUAUAGUCUCCAUAUUCUUUACACCCUGAAAACCACGACUAACACAUAUGCUGUGUGUCUUUUCAGACUUUUGUGUUUCUCCUUUUUUUUUCUUUUAUA